GACGCCGCGGAGGACCUGGCGUUGCAGGCGCUGCAGCUCAACCUGUGGCCAGAGCUGUCGAACCCGAGCGACCUCUGGAAGACGAACGUGGUCGACAACGGCUACGAGGUGCUCGUCACCCUGCAGCCCUCUCUCGGCAUGGGCGCGCCCGGCGACACGCAGGGCGCCCCGAGCCUCGGGCAGUCCGCGGAGCUGUUCAAUGUCUUCGUGAAGAAGCUGCGAGCGAAUUACCAGGAAGAGAUGAUCGUGGCCGCACCCACAGACAAGGAGGUUACAGUGGAGAUUACGGCCGAAGGUCACUACAUGUUCGAUCUGGACCCAGAUGGGCAGCGCCUGUCGCGGAAACGAGCGUUGGAGGCAACCAAAGCGUCCAUGUCGGGAGGCGCCAUGCAGGAUCUCGACCCCAGCGUGUUGGGCGUGACACAGGCGCUGCGCCGGAUCCCGCGCCUGGCGAAGAGCAAGGCAACGCUGGAGAGCUGUCGCGUGUUCCGCGUGCUGAGCCAGAAGUCGUUCCAGGCGGAACUCUCUCACGCUGACCAAGUCGAGGCGGACACGUUCGCGGAGGCUCUCGAGGGCGCCGGGACGUUCUUCUCCAAGGCGCAGCAGCUGCAGAUAGUGAAGUGGACAGGCAUGAAGUUGGCGCCAGCGGGCUCCGCGGCCAAGGAGGACGCCGAGGGCGCCGAUGAGUCCGAGGACGUCGACCUCGACGCUCAGCUGGCCGAAUUGCAGCAGCAGGUCGCGGACCCCAUCGGCUCGUGGCGGAGGCAGAAGGCCAAGGCCAAGGCUGGAGCGAUUGUCAAGGGCGAGCUCGGCGAGCCCAAUGAGCAGGAGCUGGAGCUUUGGGACGACGCGCAGGACGAGGAGGAGCCCCGGCCCGCGGCCGAGGCGACCGCGCGCCCGCGGCACGUGCCAGACUGGAAGGGCCGGGCGGCCCCGGACACCUCCGCCGCGGGGAGGGCGUCGCAGGCCUCCAUGGCGGCGCGGGCGUGGGUGCAGAGCCGCGCUGGCGGCCAGGCUACUGGAGGCAAGGCGUCCGCGAAGGGCAAGGGCAAGGGGCCGAGGCCCCCUCGACGUGGCAUCGGCGGAAUUGCGUCGCUGGACCAUUCGGCCGCGCUGCACGGCACCGCCCCCCAGAAGUUCCAGUACGGCCAGCUCGCGAGGUACUCCGACAGGGAGCUCCGCUUCCAGCAGGCGGAGGGCGCCGCUGGGGGCGAGGCCUGGGACGAGGACGAGGCUGAGCCUGCCUCGAAGCGGCCGAGGGGCCCCGCGGCCGCGCCGAGGCUGCCGAAGGGCACCCCCACCGUGGCGCCGAUGUGCCCCGAGACUGCGCCGGGCCAAGACCUCUGA